AAGAUCUCCCCUAUAUUUAAGUAUAUCGUUCUAAGGAUAACAAGAUCUCCCUAAUAAAUGUGCCUAUUUACAAUCUUAAUCUAUUACAUUUAUUCUGACCAAAAAGAACACAAAAAAAAAACAGGUCACUUUUUCUUUGUUCAAAAAAUGGAGUUUGAGUUUGAUGAUCAAACCCUCUUCCAUUAUAGUCUUAUCACUCUCUACCUCGUCGGACCACCCACCUUCAUCUCCCUCCACUUCCUCCAAGCCCCCUACGGAAAGCACCGCCGUCCCGGAUGGGGUCCCACCAUACCGGCUCCACUUGCCUGGUUCCUCAUGGAAAGUCCCACUCUCUGGCUCACCUUUCUCCUCUUCCCCUUCGGAAUCCACACCUCCAAUCCCAAAUCCAUCUUCCUCAUCUCAUUCUUCCUUCUCCACUACUUCAACCGAACCGUAUUAUUCCCUCUCCGCCUCCUUCGCCAGAAAACCGCCGGCGAUUUUCCCCUCACGAUAGCCGCCACGGCUUUCGGAUUCAACCUCUUGAACGGUUACUUGCAGGCUAGAUCGGUGUCUCAUUACAGCGAUUACGACGGAGAUGAGUGGUUCUGGUGGAGAUUCGUGGUUGGAGCUGUGGUUUUCUUGGCCGGAAUGGCGAUUAAUGUCGGGUCGGAUCGGGUUUUGGUCCGAUUAAAGGAAGGUGGUGGAGGGUAUAAGGUUCCGAGAGGAGGUUGGUUUGAGAGAGUGAGUUGUCCUAAUUAUUUUGGAGAGUGUGUUGAGUGGUUGGGCUGGGCCAUUAUGACGUGGUCUUGGGCUGGAUUGGGCUUUUUUCUUUACACGUGUGCUAACUUGGUGCCUAGAGCACGUGCCAACCAUAACUGGUAUUUGGACAAGUUUGGGGAAGAUUAUCCCAAAUCUAGAAAAGCUGUUCUACCUUUUCUGUAUUGAUUAUGAUCAAUUAUAUGCUCUUUGUAUUGAGUUAUUUUUUUUCCACGAAUAUUUUUUUGAGUAAUUGAAUAUGGUGAAAUUGAUUGGAUCACCUUCGGUUU